CGCGUAUUGGUAUCCUCUUUGAUGUUACGUUGUCAUUUACCCUAUUCAUCAAUUCCUUCAUGGCACUGUCUGUAGUUAAAGAGACUAUCGAGCGAGUGCUUGAUAAAAAUUUACAAGAUCUUGUUCGCGGUAUCCGCAACAAUAAAGAUAAUGAAUCUAAAUAUAUUUCUGAUUGUGUGGAUGAAAUGAAAAAUGAACUAAAGCAAGACAGCAUAUAUUCAAAAGCUAAUGCAGUGAAUAAGCUUACUUAUUUACAAAUGCUUGGAUUCGACAUGACAUGGGCAGCUUUUCAUGUUAUAGAGGUUAUGAGCAGUCCCAAAUUUACAUACAAGGUAGUGGAUUGUUAUUUAUAUUUUUAA